CAGAUUCGGUACACGGUCCACGGCCAGGUGCAGGGCGUCAACUUCCGGUCCUUCACGCAGAAGCAAGCCCGCAGUCUUGGUGUGACUGGCUUCGUUACCAAUGCGUCCGAUGGAACCGUCCAGGGCGAGGCUCAAGGCACCGAGCACCGCAUCAGCGACUUUGUCCACUACCUGAACAAAGGCCCACCCGCCUCGUCCGUCUCCAGCGUCGACGCCUCCGACAUGCCCACAGAGUCUGGCGAGUCUGGCUUCCAUGUGCGCUACACCUAG